GUAAAACAUUGUGCAAUUGUGGUAGUUUGUUGUGAAUGUGGUCAUGUGACUUUAUUUUCUGGACACAAGCGGAGUCCCAGCUUCCUCUUAUCGGAGAAACUAAAGGUAAACAUUCAGUGAACUUGGACAAACCCAGUUCAUCUUCAUCAUUUCACAAGUGCAGUGAAGAAGCACCGAAGCAAGAAGCAGUGAAAACUGAUGAUGUGAGGGGUUUAAAGAGAAAGAGCCUCCACGAAAACAGCUUCAGCCCAAUGCAACGCUUCCGGAAGCAGCAUCUGAGUGUGACCCUCCUGUGUGACCAGACUUGGUGUGAGAUGAAGAGCGUUUACAAUCUUUUGAAGCCCCAUAUCAAGAGAAAAGAAAUGCAACGCACUGAGGUGCAAAUCGGACAAGAAAUUCAUUUAUCAAGGGAAUUGGAAAUACAGGAUGUUGUCCCAGUAGAUAUCCGCACUAGAGAGGAUGGAGAAGCCGUCAAACUUCUCAACAUGCUACACAUGAUCCCGCUGUUAGAAGCAGGACAGCGUGUGCGAGAGUUCCCCGUGUUUGGUGUGCAGGAAGGUGUUUUCAUCAUGGGGGUCAUUGAUGAACUCAUGUAUAACCAGAAGGGGGAGCUGGUGCUGAAUGAGCUCAAGACACGCAGACAGAACUCCUUGCCCAGUUCUGCACAAGAUAAAGUCAACUGCUUUCAGGGUUUUUUUCUUGUAAGGCACGGCUUUCGAAAAUGAUGACAUGAGACUCUGCUGGGUAGCUGCGCUGGUUUACUAACACUUGUUUAGGUGGGCCUGUAUAAAUUGCUCUUUGAUGGACUGGUCAGAGGGGAGAUGAAAAAAAAUCACAUUUUCGAUCACCUCAAACUGCGUUCUGCUCAAAUUCUCGGUGCAGGCGUCCAGGCUCAUGCUAAAAACCUUGGGGUUCAUGCCAGAACAUUUGAGGAGCUGGUUGAAACUUUGCUUAUAACAGUGUCAUGCUCUGAUCUUCCAUGUAUUGACCUGCUUCAGAUUGAAUACUUUCAUCAAGGCUCUAAUGGGCCCAUUGGGACAAGAGUGGCUCCUUUUGAUGAAGCCCAAAUACGGGGAGAGCUUCAGGGUUAUUUGUCCUACUGGACGGGACAGAGAGAACCUAAAGGGGUGGAUAUAGAGGAGGCCUGGAAAUGCAGAUCAUGCCUGUAUGAGGAGAUCUGCGAAUGGAGGAAGAACAGAUUUACAGUUUCUGACCAACAAGCGGCUCAUUCUAGCUCACACUUAUGAUUUUACAGAUCAUAUUUAUAUAUUUGAAUGUGCAGUGUUAAUUAAGCUUUUGACUUUUAUACCUUGAUUAAUGUUUUCUUGUUCUAUUGAAGCAUUUCUGUUUUUAAAUCAGGAUGUGAACAUUAUUGUGCAGCUCUAUAAUGACUGUGAUUGAAGUGCUUUGACUGAAUAAUGCACUAUUAAAGCCAUGAUGCAUUUUUUUGUUUAGUAUGGUAUGGUUUAGUAUGUUUUAUGGAAGCAGGCUGAAAGCUUUCUCUUGUUGUGUGCAUUAAAAGUUUUAGGCCACUUA